AAUCAUGAGGAUAAUGAACCAUUUUUAUCUUUAAUAUCGCGAUCUACACCUAAAACUUACUCCAAUACAGAAACAAUUGAAGGCAGUGAAGAUAAUGAUGAAGUAUAUGAAAAAAGAAAAUCAAUUUUAGAUGACAUUUAUGCUAAACCAAAUGAAUUGAGUAAAAACGAAAAUGAAUUAGAUAAUUAUCUAUCUUUAGAAGAGGAAGGAAAGGAUACUGAUCCAUUUGACUGGUGA